AUGCCCAGUGUUUCAGCUGAGGAUCGGUUAAAUGUGUGGCAAUUAUGCAAAACAUAUUUAGGCGGCGAAUGGAGUAAUGUUUGCGCCGACGAUCUGGUUAUCAAACCCGCGACGGGCGGAUUUGUGAACAAAAUAUUAUUUUGUUUUCUCCCCGACUCGAUUGACCAUGAACAAUCUCACUAUUUCAACGCCGGCGAUGACCUCAACCCUAUGGCAGUGUCAGUGUUGGCACAAAAAGUGGCAAAAUUGCAUUCACUAAAUAUGCCGAUACCUAAAGACAGCGCCGACUGGUAUAUGAGAAUAAUUCUGGAGGAUUGGUUCCCAGAGUGUGAUCGGGAGUCCUAUAGAGACGGGUCGGUUCGCCAAGAGAUCCAGAAGAAUAAGAAUGACUACAAGACACUGAUGUCAGUGGAUCUGUUAGAAGAGAUGGAUUGGCUCAGAGGUAUGUGCGAAAAGAUUGACUGUCCCGUAGUCUUCUCGCACGCCGACCUCAAUCGGCGCAAUACUUUGGUCCGGGAGGGAGAGGUUGACCAGGGUUUAGACGUUUACAUAAUUGACUGGGACUGGUGUUGCUAUACCUAUAGGGGCGCAGACUUUGGCGAUUAUUUUAUGAAUUGGUGCCAAACGGAGCUGGACUUCGGUGGGGAACCCUUUCCUACCGAUGACCAGAUGCUGGUCUUCAUCGACGCCUAUAUCCGGGAAAUGACAGCAAUUAAUGGCAACUCUUUUACACAAUUGGAGAUCAAUUCGAGAAAAAGGCUUAUAAUGGAGGCGAAAGUGUUUGCUUUAUUGGGUUAUAUUAAGGAACCUAAAGGAGAACAAAGAUAUAAAGUUUACAAAGAACUAAAGGAACGUAUAUUUGACGAAUAUCCGGAACUUAAAUAA